AGGACCGGUUCGUGUCCCCCAGUAUUGGCAGUGACAGCUGUAGACUUAGACGCCACAAAAUGCACCACGAUGAUUACUGUUGCAAGGAAGGUGGGAAAAGAUGAUUGCCUGAUGAAUGUGUUGAUUGUUGCAGAGUCAGGAGCAGGACUAGUAAAACAGAAUGAGCGAUGCUGUGAGCAAGAAAUUGAGGAUAUUAAGCGGGGAGUUAAAUGUGGUAAUAUUUAGGGUUGGCAACGGGGCCGGGGCGGGGCGGGGGGGUGUCCCCCAUCCCAGCCCCGUAGGGGAAAUUGUCUCCCAUCCCCGUCGGGGAAACGGGGUCCCCGCGGGGCCCCAUUUGUGGCAAACUUCAACGGAGGGAGGAUGAGCGAGCGAGAGGGAGAGGGGAGGGAUGAGUGAGAGCGAGAGCGAGAGUGCGAGGGAGGCGGGAGCGAGAGGAGAGGAGAGGGAUGUUUUGUUGCAGAUUGCAAAGAGCGAGAGGGGACUGGGAGGGGAUAAAAAUAUAUAUAUAAAUCGGGGUCGGGAUUAAUCGGGGUUGGGGGGGCGGGCGGGAUACUGUCCCCAUCCCCGCCCCGUCCUCGGACGGGGCCCCGAAUAAAUUUCCCGGUUUGACCCCAUACCCGAUCAAACCGGGGAAUCCCCACCCUGAACGUGGCGGGUCUCCGCGGGGACCCGCCCGUCGGGUUUUUUUGCCAACCCUAGUAAUAUUACUCCUGAUACUUCACUCAUUAGAUUCUCUUAUGAAGCUCAUGAUGAGCAAAAGCAUAGCAUCAGAAUUGCCGAUUAAAAGGUUGCCUUGCCGUUCAGGCAUAUUUGAUUUGGUAGAUACCUACAUACAACAGCUUGACCAGUAUUUGAAGAAUUUUGAUGAAAAGCUUCGUCAAGAAAGAGGAAGUGAUGCUGCAACUGGGUUACCAACUUCAAGUGUGGAUGGUAACACAAAAUCUGGACGGGGAACAGAAGGUGGUAGAGGCGGGUGUAAAAAAAAUGGACAGGCUGCGGCCGCAACUGUUGCUACAGAAUCAUCAACUGCUACAACUCCCACAGGAAUGGAACUUGAAUUACCAAUUGAUCCAAAUGAACCAACUUACUGUCUCUGCAACCAAGUUAGUUAUGGUGAGAUGGUUGCCCGUGAUAACCCUAAUGUAUGUGACAAUUUCCUCCCUCAGUUUCCAAUUAUAUUGGUGAUUACGACUAUAAGCUAAGCCAGUCUUCCCUUUCAUAUAGUGCAAGAUCGAAUUAGUUCGAUACUUUUGCCCAAAAAAAAAAAAAAAAAAGAAUAAUUACGUUUGUUGAUUUAUUUACCUAACAACUUGGAUUUGUAAUUAAAAAAUAAGAAAAGAAAAGGAAAUGACCGCAUUAUCCAUCUAAAA